AUGAAGGGCUCUCCGACGAGCCUUCACACGCCCCGAACGGAGCACCGAGCGCUGAGUUACGCGCGUUUUAGUGCUAUGGGCACGCCUGUAGCAGUGAUCUACGCGGUUCUGUUCAUGGCUUGGUUAGACGAGAGGUUGCUAGAGACAGAGCCCGAGUUGUCGCAUCACGUCCUUCUCCACCGCAGGUUCAUAGACGACGGGGUGGUGGUUUGGACGGGGACACGGGAGCGGCUGCUGGAGUGGGUGGGGGCGUUUGGUGGGUUGGAGCAGACUAUUCGACUGACCCACGAGAUCUCCACCUCACAGUUCACCUUGCUGGAUAUCACGUUCAGCAAGGGAGAGCUCUGGCAGACGACGGCUAUCUUGGACACCACGACCUUCCAGAAGCCGCUCAACGUGUACCAGUACUUUCCUUUCUCCUCCGCGCACCCCUCUCACUGCAAGAGGGGCUUCAUCUUGGGUGAGCUGCAGCGGUACAUUCUGAGGGAGUCCAGUUCUCAGGGGUUUAGGAGUAUCAGGUUGGCCUUCUACGCUCGGCUGCGGGCGCGGGGGUACCCAGACACUUUCUUGCAGCCGAUCUUCAGCAGCAUCUCCUACGCACGACGCCCGGAGCUUCUUGCCAGGUCACGGGCUCGGGGGGAGGGGGAGCAGGAGGAGCAGCAGCGGGUUCUCCCUCUUGUUCUCGACUUCCACCCGAGUGUGCAGCAGGUCCGCUGGGCUACUCGUGCGAGCGUCGUUCAGGUGACUGGGGUGCCCCUCUCUCACAGCACGUCACUUGUCUUCUGUGGGUGUCGUGCCGUCUCGGUUAGUCGUCUGCCGCCUCCCCGCCCUUCCUCCUUGUUUCACGGCACGUGCACACGGGUGGGGCCUUGGAGCGAGCACCUUUCUGCACUUCGCAGCGGCGUGCUGCAUUUGGUUGGGCCGUCGCAGCAGCACCAUCCCCGGUCCAGUCUCUUUGUUUUCUCACAGAGGCUGGACCCAGGGAUGCACGACAACCUCCCGCCUGACUUCUUUGAUUUCAGCCACACAGACCGUUAUGAGUACUGGGAUGCCUUUCUCCUCUUUGCACGGGACUUGGGUUUUGGUAGCAUGUGCAUUGUACCUUCCCCACCUCUGGCCAUAUGA